AUGAACUCGACCACUUACUCGUUCGAUGUCGCCAAUGCUAGUGGGAGAUUACCUUACGGAGUCAGUCGAGAAAACGUUAGCUUUACUGGUCUCCCUGGGACUGGCACCUCUUGUCAAAUCUCCUUUUGGUUCGAAAAGGGCGAGGAAGAUGAGAAACUUAUGUCAGGCCCAGGUGGUAUUAUGGUCAUUCUGUCUCUUCGCCUCUCAUCAACCCUCGGAAAAGACCUCGUAGCGAGCGCGAGCACCAUUCUCCCGGGAGCAACAAACUCUACUAUUCACACAUAUCGGCUCUUGUUGACAUUACCUCCGGCAGGUACGAGAGUAUAG